AUGGCGGAAAAAGAGGCAACCAUCUUCAUCCUCGACCUGGGCUCGACUAUGGCCCAGACUCAUAGUGGGAGAUCACAGUCUGAUUUGGACUGGAGCUUGCAGUAUGUAUGGGACAAGAUCACAGAUAUCGUCGCGGCGAACCGCAAAACACUUUGUGUUGGUGUCUUGGGCCUAAGAACAGACGAUACCUACAACAAGUUGCAAGACGACGAUGGCUAUGAGAAUAUUACAGUGCUACAGGAGAUGGGGUCAAUGACCAUGUCAUCUUUAAGAGAUCUCCAGUCUGUUGUGAAGCCAAGCAACACGUGGGCUGGAGAUGCUGUUUCCGCCAUUGUCGUUGCGGUUGACAUGAUGGACACAUUUACGAAGAAGCUCAAAUGGAAUCGAAAGAUCUUCUUGAUCACUGACGGCCAAGGGCCAAUGGAUGGAGAUGAUCUGAGCGACAUUUCCAAGAAAAUUAACGACUCGAAUAUCCAACUCACCAUCCUUGGUGUAGAUUUUGAUGAUCCGGACUAUGGCUUCAAGGAAGAAGACAAGCCGGGCACCAAGGAGGAUAACGAGAAAGCACUCAAAGCGCUCGCUGACGAUUGCAAAGAUGGCGUUUUCGCAAACAUUGCCGAAGCCAUUGACGAGCUUGACACCCCCCGAAUCAAGGCCGUCAAACCAUACAAGACUUAUGAUGGCGCCCUCACUCUUGGAGAUCCCGAAACGUUUCCUGCUGCGAUGAGUAUCAAUGUCGAGAGAUAUUUCAAGACACAUUUGGCACGCCCCUUAACAGCAAGUACAGUAGUCGUCAAGUCUGAAGACGGUGAAGCUACCCAGCAAACACAAGACGACGAGAUGGAAGGUAUCGAGUUCUCAGCAGUCAAGCAAGCUCGUUCAUACAAAGUCAAUGAUCCAGAUGCUCCAGGAGGAAAGCGAGAUGUCGAGUUUGAUGAUCUUGCCAAGGGGUACGAAUAUGGCCGAACAGCAGUACACAUCAGUGAGUCAGAACACAACAUCACCAAGAUCGACGCGCAGAAGAGCUUCUCGAUCAUUGGUUUCAUUCCAUGCGCAAAGUACGAGCCAUUUCUCAACAUUGGCGAGACUUGCGUGACAAUAGCACGCAAAUUUGAUGCCAAAUCCGCCAUCGCGCUUUCGUCUCUUGUAUGGGCACUCUCUGAACUCGAGUCUUAUGCGAUUGCCCGGAUUGUGACAAAAGAUGGCAAAGAUCCGCUACUGGUGCUGCUGGCACCUGGUGUAGAACCAGACAUGGAGUGUCUCUACGACAUUCCGCUGCCAUUUGCAGAGGAUAUCCGAAGCUAUCAAUUCCCUCCUUUGGAUAGAGUGAUUACGGUCACUGGGCAGACCGUUAGCAAGCACCGACUGUUGCCUACGGAUGAGCUCAACGAUGCCAUGAGCGAUUAUGUUGACGCCAUGGAUUUGUCAACAUAUGGUAUGGAUGAUGAUGGUAACCCGUCUGAAUAUGUGCCUAUUGACGAAACCUUCAACCCUACAGUCCACCGAGUUAACCAUGCAGUGAAAGCUCGAGCAGUGUAUCCUGAAAAGCCAGUUCCAGAUACCCCUUCCAUAUUGCUCCGAUUUGCACAGCCAACACAAGAUCUAAUCGAGAAGGUCCAGAGCAAGACGGAUGCCCUUAUUCAAGCAGCAGAUGUCAAGAAAGUACCGCCAAAGGUCAAGGGCAAGCGUGGCAGAGAAACCAUCAAGCCAAUUUCAGGCCUUGAUGUUGAUGCCCUUCUGGGUGAAGAGAAGAAGAGCGAGAUCAGCUCUGACAAUGCAGUGCCUGAAUUCAAACGAGCUCUUGCUGUAACCGAAGACGUUUCGGAGAUUGAGGAUGCAACUAAACAAAUGGGCACGAUCAUAUCAACAUUUGUUACGGAAAGCUUCGGCGGCGACAAAUACCCACGUGCUCUGGAAUGCCUGGGUGUGAUGAGGGAAGAACUCAUCAAUCUUGAAGAACCAGGAUUCUACAACACCUUUUUGAGAGGGAUGAAGAAGAAGCUGCUUUCUGAAGAUAUGGGGGGUAGGCGACUAGACUUUUGGUUCAAGGUACGAUUGGGUCAUCUCGGUCUGAUUGACAACAAGCAAUCGGACGUGUCUGAUGUCACCCCAGACGAGGCCGUUGAGUUCUACAAACCCAAAUGA